AUAACUUGUGAAAAAUAAGUGAAACUAUCUUUCAAAACAAUAAUUUCCAUAAAAUACAGCAAAUAUUAAUAAUCAUGUAUAAGCUAUCACUUUUACUAGUCGUACUAAUCGCCUACCGGUGCCAAUGCGAGUUUGACUACAGCCAGUACUGGCCGGGCCAGUCCACAGCGGCGCCUAUAGUACAGGAGUGUGGGGUCGGACUCAUACCAAUCAAUCCCGACAUUAACGGCACCCGAGACGCCGAGGUCGGGGAGGUUUCGUGGGAGGUGUCGGUGCAGCCCAAGACCAGCGGCAAGUGGGCCCACGGGUGCGGUGGGGUUGUCAUCAACAAGAACUUUGUCUUAACCACCGCCAAAUGUAUCGGAGGUACAAAUAAGGAGGCGAUGCUAAGGUCAGAGGCCGGUAAUGUCAACCUAACCAAAGGUGGUUGGGUUAGACGUAGGCGGGCGUCAUACCCG